AUGACCGUCGACGCGAGACAGAAUGGACAGCCCGGCAACACCGUGGAACGUGUGGCCACCAAACUGCCAUACCAUAAAGACGCAGCAGAGCGCAUCACCCUCGGAAUCUUGACAUUGUUUGACAAACUCCGGAAACUUGAAAACCUACAACCAGACCCGAUCAAUGGGAGACUCUUCAACCAGCUGUUUGAUCUCAUCCUGUCUGAUCCCCGGGUACAAGCCAUCAUCCCGGAGCUGCGGCAGCUAUGGGGAGACGCCGAGUACCUGCUCGAGCUCGACUUCGCUCGCAAGGUCAUCUCGGGCGCCCCCUCAAUACCAGAAUGCCUACGCCUCUACGAGAGUUUCCCGUACCUGGACCAGUACCGCCAGCUGGCCCGCAUGGAGACCAACACGCUCGAUACCGCGCUCGGAGAGAAGGGCCUCCCGCCAGUCCGCAAGGUCGCCUUCCUGGGCUCCGGACCAACCCCGUUCUCGGCACUCUGUUUCCGAGAGAGAUUAGGACCAGGCGUCGAGAUCGUCAACAUCGACCGCAGCCCGGAGGCGAUCGACCACGGCCAGCGGAUGGCCCUCUCGCUGGGGCCCGAGUUCUCCGGCAACAUGGGCUUCGUCCGCGCCGAGGUCGCCGUCGCCCCGGCUUCGACAAGCCCGUCCUCCUCGUCCGACGGCGGGAACGGCGCGGUGCCGGUCUCCCCCGCCACGGCCGCUGACGAGGCGCUGGCCCUGCCGGACCUGAGCGACUGCGACCUCGUUCACUUUGCCGCGCUGAUCGGCGAGACGGAGAGGGACAAGAGGGACCUCCUCAUCGCGGUCGCCAAGGCCAUGAGGCCUGGGUCUCUGAUCAUGCUGAGGAGCACGGACAGCCUGCGGCAGUGUCUGUAUCCCAAGAUGGACGUUGACUGUUGGGAGGUGCUGGACGUGGUCAGCCCUGUCCUGGCGACAAGAUACUUUGGAGCGUCGACGAGCCUGACGACGAUUGUCGUCAGUGUUGAUGGUUAG